GUCAAUUGAGUGUGCCUCUUCCUCCGGCUAACGUGGUGUUGACGGUCGCCAGCGUCUGGAGCAUAAGACUCCAAAAUGACGGCCAAGUUCGUGGCCAUAGCCAUUCAGGACAACCCAAAUGGGUGGGGGCCGUGCGACGUGCCCGAGCAGUUCAAAGACAUGCCCUACCAGCCCUUCUCCAAGGGCGACAGACUGGGCAAGGUGUCAGAUUGGACUGGUGCUACCUACCAGGAUCGUCGAUAUGCCAUCAAAUAUCAGUCAACUUUUGGAAGCAUGCAACAGUAUGCAUAUUAUCAUGAAGAGGAUGAAUCCACUUUCCAGCAUGUAUACAAGACCAAUGUGCCCAAGCCAUUAUACCAGCGUGGUCGCUACAUGCGCAAUCAACGUAACCUAAAGAAUCAGCGCAACCUGAAGGGCCAGCAAAUGCAGGUCCUUGGCAAGGGCAACAAGAGAGAUUUUGGAUUCCAGAACAAAAACAACUGGCAGAAGCAGCAGUACCAGCGUAAUCGUUGGAACCGUGGUGGACAUCCCCCCAUCAAAAACCGUGAUGCUUCAGUUACUGUGCGACCUGAAUGGAAGGUGAUUGAAGAAAUGGACUUUCCUCGGUUGUCAAAGCUGUCAUUGCCCAGUGUUGAAGAUCCAAAAGACUUGUACCUCUGUGGUUCUCUUGAGUACUAUGAUAAAGCUUAUGAUCGUGUAACGGUUAAAAAUGAAAAGAAGCUGACUCGUAUUAACCGCAUCUUCCACAAGGUCACCACCACUGAUGACCCAGUAAUCCGUCAGUUGACCAAGACUGAAGAUAGUAAUGUCUACGCAACGGAUGCCAUCUUGUCAACCAUCAUGUGUUGCACUCGAUCUAGCAACUCGUGGGAUGUGGUCGUCCAGAAAAUUGCUGGGAAGCUGUUCUUUGACAAGAGAGAUGAUUCAGAAUUUGACUUAUUGACUGUGAGUGAAACUUCAAGUGAACCACCACAGGAAGAAGGAAACUCCCUGAAUUCUCCUAGAAACUUAUCUUUAGAGGCAACCUUCAUCAACCACAAUUUCUCCCAGCAAGUUCUUCGCAAUGAUGGAAAUAGAUACAAGUUCGAACACGAUAACCCAUUCCUUGACGAGGACGAAGAGGACGAGGUGGCCCCUGUUGGUUAUCGGUACCGCAAGUGGUGUUUAGGGAAUGAUAUCAACUUGGUGGCCCGCACAGAACAUGAUUCUGUACAAGCUGCACCUAACAAUGAAAUCCAGUUCAUUAACAUUAAGGCACUGAAUGAAUGGGAUUCCAAGCACUCUGGUGGAGUUGAUUGGCGCCAAAAGCUUGAUACUCAGCGUGGUGCUGUAUUGGCUAAUGAACUUAAGAAUAAUGCUUGUAAGCUUGCCAAGUGGACUGUCCAGGCCAUAUUAGCAGGAUCUGAUCAGGUCAAAUUUGGUUAUGUGUCUCGCGUCAAUGUUCGAGACUCGACCAAGCACAUGAUCUUGGGGACUCAGCAGUUUAGGCCCAUGGAGUUUGCCAACCAAAUCAACCUAAGUAUGGACAAUGCCUGGGGUAUCCUGCGUUGUAUUAUUGACAUCUGUAUGAAGUUGCCUGAUGGGAAGUACCUCAUAAUGAAGGAUCCUAACAAGGCAAUGAUUCGUUUGUAUGACAUCCCUGAUAACACAUUUGAGUCAGAUGAAGAGGAUAAUGAUAAGCAACCUGGAGAAGAGACUGAAGACUGAGAGACUAGACAAGUUUGUCUGGCUCUCAAUAGAUAGCACCAGCAUCCAAACAGAUUUGCAGCGUUCUUCACAUCCAGAUCCAAAACGGCUUCUUUGGAUAUUGUUUCAUUUUCUAUCUCGGUAUAUUGUUUUAUCAUAUAAAUUAAGAUGUCAACAUGGAUUUUGUAUGGUGGUUUUAGAAACGUUGAGUAAAAUACAGUUCAGUAUAUUCAAAA